UCUCCUCUCUGCCCCGGGAAAAAUAAGUAAAACCCAAAACCAAAAUGGGCGGCGAUCUAAAUCUUAAGAAAUCAUGGCACCCCUCCCUCCUCCGCAACCAAGAGCGCGUCUGGUCCGAAGAAAAACGUGCCCUAGAAGAGCGCAAGAAGGUCGAACAGCUUCGUCGCGAGCGCGAUGAAGAGCGCCAGAUUCAGGAACUUCAGCGCCUGCAGGAGGGCUCGGGCAAGCCGCGGCAGCAUAAUCGGGUCGAUUGGAUGUAUCAGGCGCCGUCGAGCGCGACGGGCCAUUACUCGGAGGAGAUGGAGGGGUAUUUGCUGGGGAAGAGGCGGAUUGAUGGGAUCUUGUUGAAGAAUGACGAGAGUAAGAAGUUGGAGAAGGGAGCGGAUUUGGUGGGGGCGAAUGCUGCGCAGCAGCCCGUGGCGGGGAGGGGGAAUCCGAGAGAUAUGAUGGCGAAGGUUAUGGCGGAUCCGUUGAUGGAGAUUCGGAAAAGAGAGCAGGCAGCGUAUGAGAAUGCGGUUAAGGAGGCGGCGGCGAGACGGAAGUUCGUUGCUAGGGAGGAGAGGGAGAGGGAGAGGGGGCAUAGAAGGAGGGACGGGGAGGAAGAUUCUCGUCGGCAUCAUCGAAGGUCGCAUCGGCGGAGGUCGAGAUCUCCUGCUGAGUUGGAUCGGUCGUCGCAUCGGAGGCGCAGAGAUGAACGGGAUGGUCGCGACCGGAAAGAUCGGGAGCGCAGAGAUAGGGAUGAUAGGGAUUAUCGUUCGAACAGACGUGGAGACCGUGAUGAGAGGGAUGAUCGGGCUUCUCGUAGAGGCUCUCUACAUGACCGAUCGCCUUCUCCUCGGCCUGACUAUCGCCAUUCUGACAGGCGCCGCACGGAUGACAGGAGCAAUGGCUAUUCUAGGGAUCAUGAUCGGCGUGACCGGUCUUAUCAUCACAACGACAGAGACAGAAGAGACAACUGGGGUCCCAGAGACUCAUACGGUCGAGACCGCCCUAGUGAUGCCGGUGCUGGAGCCGCGAAUCGAGCAAAGGAACUCGAAGAAGAGCGCAAGCGGAAGCUAGAAGAGAUGCAGUCCAACGCAAACGACAUAGAAGAAACUCGUCGCCAACGGAUUGCUGAUGUUACAGCUAUGGAGGAGAAGCAACGUGAGGAAGACGAGAAACAGCGCUCCGAACGUGGCCGGUUUGUUUCAGGCCUGCAUCGUCAGCUGCAAGAGGACAAUUUGGAUGAUCGAAUUAAGCGUAGUCGCGGUGGGCUCGCUCGGAUGGAGGACUGAUAUCUUUUUUUGUCUGUUUCACUAAGUCACCCGGGAGUGCUUAUUGUCUCUUAUUUUUGCAUCCAGCGUUCUUGGCGGUUCUUUCUGGCGUUUCUAUCCAAGGUUAUGUGCUGCUUCAUUUCAUGAGAAAGUCUCCUAUGGGCUACGUUCAUUGUAAUGCAUUCAGUGGACAAGUAUGAUAUCCCUUAAAAGAUGAUAACUAUUGAAGGGGAUCACCACUUCCACAGGACAAUCUUGUCUCCUAUAUUGUUUAAAUUACACUAAGAUCAAGUUGUAUAUCGAAGAGUGUGCUGAGCAAGAUCUGAUUGUCAGUGAGGUUUCACUGUCAAUAGGUCACUUGGCAAGUUGUUCGAAAAGCCCCGCCCCGUGAGGAUAAUGAGAUCCCAUUACCAGUUCUCACAGAAGUUGUAGAAACUGAAAGGCUUC